CCCGAUUUGGUAUUUCUUUUUUCAUUACGCUAACUUUUACUUUCUAAUAUCGCUCCACCUGCACCUUUACAGCACAAACACCAGCGAAGAACAGCCAUGUCGAGCAUCCCUAACCGCCGGCGCACUAUCACCAUCGCUUCCGGAGACAGCAGUAACAACGCUAACCCUGAGCGGAGCGCUGGGUUUGCAUCGUCACUCAGCAACGAUGCUGCGCAGCACAUCCCUUAUGACUUUGCCAGGCGAGGCAUAGGCACUCGAUCCGUAUACGGCGCUCCUCAUGCAUCUGCGUCCAGGCCAAGGUUCAGCGACAGGCCUAACUCGAACUACUCGCAGACGCUAGACUCAAUCCGCGAUCGCACGCUGUUGCUGAGCAACUUGGGGCUGGCAACCAGCAGGCGCGAAAGCGCGCAAAGUGGCCGAGGAGAUACGGCGGCUCAUGGACACAGCAGCAGCCGCAAUAGCAGUAUGGGCGGCUGUUCGUCGAUUGAUAUGAUUCUAGCAGAGGCUGGGCCUAGGGGCAGCAACCUCUCUCGCCUGCUGCGCGAGCGCUCUCCGCAGGGCUUACUCCCUGUUUCUCAGCGCCCCCAUGAGCAUAGCGAGAUCGAACACCUACCGCCACUGGAUCCUGGCUAUAUGGACACUGCUCGCAUACCCAAGAAUGCAAAGCACCUGAGUAGGUACUCCAUGAACGCGACCUCCCAAGAUAAUAAAAUGGCAUUGGGCAACUACGGCAGCAUAAAUCAACAGAUUGACACGGGGAUUCAGCAGCAGCAAAUACACAUCGAUAUGCCGAAGCAUCAGACUGAUGAUACUAUGGUGCCGGACAAGAUAAACGCACAGCAGCAAACUCAAGAGCAGCGACGGCCGCUGCUACGGCUGUCUCCGACGCCAUCAACCUGCUAUGAGCAGCCACAGUUGCAAGUCGAGGCCGAUAGCGAGUACGCUCAUUUGCAACGGCGUUGGGUUGUUCUCCUCGAUUUGGUGCUUUGGCCAAUGCAGUACAUCCCGGCUGUCAUUCUGGGCCUGAUCCUGAAUCUGCUCGAUGGUCUCUCUUACGGACUUAUUGCCUUUCCAGUCUCAAUCCCUGUAUUCAGCAAGUUUGGCCCCGUCGGAUUUUCUAUGUACAUGCUAAGCACAGCAGUUGCGCAGCUCGUCUACUCGGGCGGUGCCAGCGCGUUUCGCGGCGCCAACGGCAGCAUGCUCAUCGAGGCGAUCCCCUUCUUGCACGCCAUAUGCGCCACAAUCGUUGCAGACGUCGGCGAGAAUAAUCCCGACCGCAUAGUCGCUACCACGCUCGUCGCAUAUGCUGCCAGCACGAUCCUCACCGGCAUCGUCUUCUUUAUACUUGGCUUUCUUCGCAUAGGUUCGCUUGUUGACUUUUUCCCGCGCCAUAUCCUUGUUGGCUGCAUUGGCGGUGUCGGCUACUUCUUGUUCCAGACAGGCAUGGAGGUCACCUCUCGCCUGAAGCUGGAGCUUUCGUGGUCGGUGCUGCGCGCCCUGUUCGUUCCAAACACGCUUGGGCUGUGGGGGAGCAGUUUGGCGGUCGCUAUGCUACUCCGGGCCCUGAACACACGCUACACCCACCCGCUGUUUGUGCCUAUCUUUUUUAUGGCUGUGCCUGCGCUCUUUUACACGGUGACUAUAGCGCUGGGGCUGUCCCUUGAGUCGCUGCGCGCGACCGGCUGGGUCUUUGAGCUGCCCGACGCCGGCGUGCCAUUUUACCACUUCUACACACUGUUUGACUUUGGCAACACCGACUGGCACUCGGUCUGGCGCACGGUGCCCACCAUGCUCGGGCUGGCCUUUUUCAGCAUCCUGCAUGUCCCCAUCAACGUACCUGCGCUGGCCGUCUCAACCAACGCAGACAAGGUCGAAACCAACCGCGAACUGGUCGCCCACGGCAUAUCCAAUUUUGUGUCAGGGUGCUUGGGCACGUUCCAAAACUACCUUGUGUAUUCCAACAGCUUGCUGUUCAUCCGCUCAGGCGGCGAUAGCAACCUGGCCGGCAUGAUGCUCUGCGCUGCGACACUGGCUGUGUUUUUUGCGGGGCCCACUAUCAUCGGCUUUAUCCCGACAAUGGUUGUCGGUGCGCUGAUCUUCCACCUGGGGCUGGAGCUACUGCGUGAGGCCCUAGUCGACACGGUCGGCGUGGUCAACCGCAUCGAGUAUGCGACCAUUGUAUCCAUUGUGCUGGCCAUGGCCACGCUGGGAUUCAACGAGGGGAUCUUUUUGGGCAUUCUGCUGGCAUGCUUCUUCUUUAUUUUGCUUUACAGCCGCCGGUCGGCGCUGCGCAAGACGUAUACGGGCUCGGCAGUCCGCAGCACUGUGCGGCGGCACUAUGGCCAGCGCCGCUUUUUGGACGGAGUCUGCAAACAAAUACAGGUGAUGCGGCUGCAAGGAUUCAUGUUCUUUGGCACAAUCAACGGGGUUGAGGCCUACAUCCGCCAGCUGCUGGAGCAGCGCCAAUGGCAGACAAACCCCAUCCGGUUCCUAGUGCUCGACUUUGCGCUGGUCAACGGUAUGGACUUUAGCGCUGCUGAGGCUUUUAUCCGUGUGCGGCGUCUGCUCGAGGCGCGCGAGAUAUACAUGGUUGUCUGUGGUGCCAAGCGUUCGUCGGAAGUCGGCCGCGCCCUGCACUCGGCUGGCGUCUGGAGCGGCUGUGGCUGCGAGUAUGUGCAGACAUUCCCCUCGUUGAACGAGGCGCUCGAGUGGUGCGAGAAUGUACUUUUGCAGUAUUAUUACCUCCACCGGGCUGCGCUGAAUGGCCCCGAGGUUCCUCAGAGUUACACAUUUGUCUCGACCCCGCAACCCGAGGACGUUGACGUCUAUGGCACGUCUCCGCGCAACGUCAUGGUCUCAGAGGCCAUGCAGUCGGCUAUGCCUACCACGCGCCGCCUCAAGCCCCAGCUGCCUGAGCGCGCACCCCCGGCGCUGCCACUGCUACAGCAGGCGUUUCAGGACCUGGAUCAGGAGCAGCCAGUCGACGAUGUCCUUGCUUUCGUUGCCCCUCAUUUUGAACGCAGGCAGAUUCCAUCUGGGCAGCAUCUGUGGCGCGCUGGCCAAGCGCCCACAGGCAUGUACCUCGUUGAGUCUGGUGUGCUGCGCGUCUUCGUCGAUAAUGGAACUGGCACAGACACGCUAGAGGCAAUUGAAUCCAUCUUACCCGGCACCACGCUUGGCGAGCUGGCCCUGUCAACGGGUAAGGACUAUAGCACCACUGUGAUUGCCGACGGUGAUGUUAUGCUGUGGCAGCUGUCAAGGCAUGCGUUUGAUGAACUGUGCGCCAGCAAUCCGGCGCAGAUGUUGGCAUUUGUGCGGCUCGCGUUGGCAUAUUCGGCGCAAGGGAUGAAGGCCAUCACGGCCUACGCAUUUUGCGCACAAUGACUGUCUUUUAUUUUUGUCUCGACUCGAUAGUAAUAUUUUUUUGCUGUGUAAGCAAAAAAGCAAAAUAAAAAGCAAAAUAAAAAUAUCAAGUGGCUUCACAGUUAUGAGAGAGAAAAU